UAGAAAAUCUGUGGGGUUGAGAGCGAUAGAAAGACAGAGAGUGGAGCCGCGAGACGGGGACAUAUAUCUAAGGAGACACAGACAGAUACACGGAGGCUUAACGAGGAGACAGUACAGGACAGCUGCUGACAUGGACGUGCCAGUUUGACCAGCUUCACACACAGUCUCUCCAACAGGUCCACCGCAGCCGCGAGCAUGUCGACGGUAGAAGGAGCCGGCCAGCGCGAGGAAGGGGAGUACGGAAGGGCGGCAAAGCGGCAGAAAACGGAGGAGAGGGAGGCGGAGGAGAGAGAGGAGGGCGAAGAGGAGCUGGAGGAGGGGGAGGAUUCGGACUCCGGCUCCCUGCCCGGUAACGGAGAGACAGCGGUGGAGAGUCGGGCCCGGUGGAGCGCCAGCCAAUACGGAGCAGGACGGAGGGAUAAUGGCGAUGACUCCCAUCGGAUCUCUCCCAGCCCUGUGGUCCACGUCAGAGGUCUGUGUGAGGCAGUGGUGGAAGCAGACCUGAUAGAUGCCCUGGAGAAGUUUGGACCAAUAUGUUAUGUGAUGAUGAUGCCAUUCAAGCGUCAGGCACUUGUGGAGUUCUCUGCAGUGGAGAGUGCUGACCGCUGUGUUUCCUGUGGAGCCAAGGAGCCUGUAUACAUCGCAGGCCAACAGGCGUACUUUAAUUACUCCACAUCCAAGAGAAUCACCAGGCCGACCAACGCUGACAACCCCAACAGUGGCAACAAGGUCCUCCUGCUGUCCAUACAGAACCCCCUGUACCCCAUAACCACGGAUGUUCUGUACACAGUGUGUAAUCCCAUCGGCAGUGUGCUGAGGAUCGUCAUCUUUAAACGAAAUGGAAUUCAGGCCAUGGUGGAGUUUGAAUCCGUUCAGUGUGCUCAGAAGGCCAAAGCUGCUCUGAACGGAGCUGACAUCUACGCUGGUUGCUGUACACUCAAGAUUGAAUAUGCAAGACCAACACGUCUGAACGUGAUUAAGAAUGACAACGAGAGCUGGGACUACACAAAGCCAUACCUGGUCAGACGAGACCGUGGAAAGGGCAGGCAGAGACAGGCCAUUUUAGGAGAACACCCAUCAUCCUACAGUGAGAACGGCUAUGGUCAACCCUGCCCCCUGCUGCCUCUUCCGGGGAACAGCAGGUACAAGCUCGCCUCAGUGGACGUUCCAGACAUGGUGUCCUACCCUCUGCCCCAGUCCUCCUCCUCCUACUCUGCCCAUGCCCCCAGCUCUGUUGCCAUGGUGAGCGGCCUCCAUCCAUCCAAGAUGAACUGCACCCGCAUCUUCAACCUCUUCUGCCUGUAUGGCAACAUUGAGAAGGUAAAGUUUAUGAAGAGUGUUCCUGGUACUGCGUUGGUUGAGAUGGGAGAUGAGUAUGCUGUGGACAGAGCCAUCACACACCUCAACAGCAUCAAGGUGUUUGGCAAAAGACUCAAUGUCUGGUGA